AUAGUGAACCUACAGUGCGCUCGAACUGCAUUCCCCAUGAGGCUGCGCGUAUUCUCAGCGCGUGAGAGAGUGGGUGAACGCUGAGGGUCGCGGCAAAACGUUUGUCAUCUUUUGGUUUUUAAUCCAAUGUUUCACCCAGGACCAGGCCAAGUCGUCGAGGGAACAGCUGAUCAUCGCCCCCCAGCCUCGGCACACUUUCAGUCAGAUAUGAGCGGCAGCGGGCGGCCCAGGACGAGCUCGUUCGCUGAGCCUCAGGGGGCGUCUGGAGCCGCUGCUGCAUCCGCCGGAUCCGCCGCUGUCGUGGGGAGCAACGCAGGAAAGCCCGGGGUCUCCCAGGCCUCGGCGGAUAGUUCAUCUGCUUGCUCAAAUUUAAAACUAGCUAGAGAUAGUGGGAAGGUGACCACAGUGGUUGCCACCCCAGGCCAGGGCCCGGAUCGCCCGCAGGAGGUGUCCUACACUGAUAUCAAGGUGAUCGGUAAUGGCUCCUUUGGCGUGGUGUAUCAGGCACGCCUCAUUGACAGUCAGGAGUGGGUGGCCAUCAAGAAGGUACUUCAGGAUAAGCGAUUUAAGAAUCGAGAACUUCAGAUCAUGAGAAAACUGGACCACUGCAAUAUAGUGAGGCUGCGCUAUUUCUUCUAUUGCAGUGGAGAAAAGAAGGAUGAGGUAUACCUCAAUCUGGUGCUGGACUAUGUGCCUGAGACCGUCUAUCGGGUGGCACGACACUUUAGUAAAGCUAAAACCAUUAUUCCCAUCUUUUAUGUGAAGGUGUAUAUGUAUCAGCUUUUCCGCAGUUUGGCCUACAUCCAUUCCCAAGGUGUGUGUCACAGAGAUAUCAAACCACAGAACCUUCUGGUGGACCCAGAAACAGCUGUUCUCAAGCUCUGUGACUUUGGCAGUGCAAAGCAGCUGGUGAGGGGUGAGCCUAACGUCUCUUAUAUCUGCUCACGAUACUAUCGCGCCCCUGAGCUCAUCUUUGGUGCGACAGACUACACCUCCAACAUUGACGUCUGGUCAGCUGGAUGCGUGCUGGCCGAACUGCUGCUGGGGCAGCCCAUCUUUCCUGGAGACAGUGGUGUGGACCAGCUAGUGGAGAUCAUAAAGGUACUUGGAACACCCACAAGAGAUCAGAUCCGUGAAAUGAAUCCGAACUACACAGAGUUCAAAUUCCCACAGAUCAAAGCACAUCCAUGGACCAAGGUGUUUAAACCAAGAACUCCUCCUGAGGCAAUAGCCCUGUGCUCUCGGCUCUUAGAGUACACACCAGUGACCCGACUGUCCCCGCUUCAGGCUUGUGCUCACGGCUUCUUUGACGAGCUGCGCCAACCUGGCACCCGUCUGCCCAGCGGUCGAGAGCUGCCUCCGCUUUUCAACUUCACCAUGACAGAGUCGAGCACACUCAUCGCACUGAACCACACAAGCAAACAGCCUCAUAUCAAACAACAAGAGUCUCACCUGCAUUAA